UGUGACCAAAGUCAUUUUGCUUCUGGGCCUCCAUUAUCCUACAGGUGAAAUGAUGCUCAGAUUCAGUGAUCUCUUGAGGCUCAUCCCUACCCUGCAUCUUCAGAUGCUUUCCCACCGUCCCUUUCCUGUGGGAGGUAUCGUGGCCUACUUGUGCUGGGGAAGGAGACGCAGCAGGAGACGUCCCAGAGGGCUUAAAGGAAGGGGGAUGCCCUGGCCCUGUACCUCAGUUUGCUAGGCUUUGAAGCCAGAAGGGUCCUCGGGAGGGUCCUGCUGCACAUGAGGAAACAGACCCAGGGAGACUGGACUUGCUUAAGGUUACUUAGUCAAAUUGGGAGUAAGAUGGGGGGGGGGGAAUCUAGGUAAUGAAAACAAAAGAUAAAAAUACACCCCCCAAAAAAGGGGGGGGGUGUAAUUUGCACUACUGUCGAAUGUGCGUGGGGAUGUGGUCAACAGGACCCCAGGAUCAGGGUCCAAAUUUGCCUUUGGAAAAUGAAGGGGGAGCAGAAAGAACCUAAGGUUGGACAGGCCCCCAGUAACCAUGGAGUCUAAGUUCCCAGAAUAAGAAGCCCGCAUUUGGCUCACUAGGGCCCCUAGAUCAAGGGCCACAGGAGCGCUCAGGGUUAACCCACCCAAUCCCCUUGCGGGUGAGGAAAACCACCUCUAACGGGCUCCAGCCCUUAGCCUGAAGCCUCUUGGGCGGCCCCGCCCUUAAACAAUCCGGAGGGGACCAGGGUUGAGGGCGGGCCCGACUGAUCCCCAAAGAGGGCAGACCCUCUCCCUCCCGCCUCCCGCCUUAAAGGAGCUGCGUCCUUUUCCCCGUCUCCCUGUUGGUCCUUGCUUAGGAACAUCCCGAGAAGAUUGGAGCUGGGGUGAAAUCCUUUUUCUUUCCCGCUUCCCAGCCCAUGCUUGGCUCUUAAACUCUUCCCGGGCGUUCCGGUCCCUCUGCCGCAUCCCAGCCCAGUGGGGAGCCGCUUGAACAGUCCAUUUUCCUUUUACAAGAGGCUCCGCCCCUUGGCCGAGGGGAGGGGGCGCAGGGUGGGGCUUCUCCGGAGCUGAACAAAGCCGGCACUCCGUGGGGCAGCGGCGCCCGGGCCGGGCCGGGCCAGGGCCAGGGCCGGGCGACCGGAGCAGAAGGAGGGAGGAGCAGGGCAGGCGAGGACCGGGGUGCUGGGGUCCAUUCUCUUCCCAGCCCGGGGCCCUCCUUGCCGCUCCCAUGAACGGGUUACCGGGGAGCCCUGCGCCCGCGCCCCCGGGCUGCCCGCUCGAGGGGCUCCCGCCGCUACCCCGGGGGCUCAGCGGCCUCCUCAAUUCGAGUGGGGGAUCGUGGCGGGAUCUGGAGCGCGUCUACAGCCAGCGGAACCGCAUCCAGGACGAACUGAACCGGGCUGGCCGCGCCCCCGAGGGCCCCUCGCAGCCCCCGCGCCGCCCGGCCAACCUGGACUCGGCGCUGGCCGUGCUGCGGAAGGAGAUGGUGGGCCUCCGUCAGCUCGACAUGUCUCUGCUGUGCCAGCUGUGCUCUCUGCACGAGGCUAUCCAAGACUACAAGCACCUGUGCCAGGACAUGAGCCUGUGCCAGGACAUGUCCUCGUCCCUGCACUCGGACAGUUCUUAUCCUCCAGACACCGGCUUCUCAGAUGAUGACGACGAGCCUCCUGACUGCAGCCUACCCCGGGACCCGCCCCCCCUCAGAGUCCCCCAGACUCACAACUCCCGGGACAAGUGGCUGCAGGACUCAUUCAGCCUCUGAGCUUGGCCUCCGGUCCCUGGUGCGCUCUGGAGGCCCAGCGAUUUAGGGUGGGGGCCAGCCGGCCGGCCCAUCCUUCCUCCCCCCACACAGGGCAGGUACAGCCUCACUCACCUGCGAGGGCCCUCACACACGUGUACACACACACACACACACACACACACACACUCUCUCUGUCUCUGUCUGUCUCUUUCUCUGUCUCUCUGUAUGUGUCUUUCUCCCGAAGAGCUCUGCUCUCUCACUGUGCUACUUAACUGGGAAUGGCUGGUACCUGCAGGUGGGAGAAGCUGUUUUCUCUCCCUUCUCUUUCCAUCUCCUCUCUCAGAGGAGGAAUAAGGACUUGCUAGAGAUCCAGGCUCCAGCUUGUUUCCCACUUUGCCUCAGCCCCAGCUGCUGGUGGACUCCCUCCAUCUACCCCAUGCCCACUUCUCCCCUGCUGCGCUCCCAGGGCUCCCACAUCACUAGAAUAGCUCAGCUCUUUUGAGGCUGCUCCCUUGAGCAAGGGAAGAAGCAUGAGGGAGCUCCAUCCUUGGCACCUCGGUUGGAUCCCCAGACCCUCACCCCAACAAUCAGCCUGUCUCCGGAUCCCAGAGGAAGUCAGCUGACUGCUAUGGGGACAAACAGCCUGGCAAAGGGGAACAGCUCUGUAACCCAGUAGUAGUGGCAUCCAGCAAGCUCUGGGGUCAUACUAUAGUGCUGGCUUGGCUAUUGGGCAAGACCCACCCCUCCCCUGCCCCUGAGGUUGGCCUUGCUCCCCCUGCACUCGGGAGGGCUGGGACUCAGGGCUAUGCCGAAUAGGUAAUGUAUUGGGGCCUCGACUGUGGGGCCCCACAAAUAAAUGGCUCUUGUCUCUGCUCA